AUGCAAUCUUUAAAUGAUCAAUUAGAACAACUAAUAAUAGAAAAUAAUGAUAUAGAGAAUCAACCACCAGAACAACAAAAUAAAGACACAAAUAGUACUGCAGUAGGAACGACUACUACUACUAGUGCAAAAGAGAUGAAUCAUAUAAUAAGACAAAAAAAGAUACAACUAUUGUUAAAAAGAGAACCUACCAAUGUAUUGAUUCUCGAGAAUAUAGAUCAACAAACAGGUUUCAAUGUACAAACAUUGAUAGAAGAAUACCUCGAACAAUCUUGUUUGACUCCGCUUGUGUUGGCUCGUUACAUUUCAAUACUCAAUUCUCUCAUAUUUGUAUUUGCACAUAGAAACGAUGCUCAUCUAUCAAAGUUAUUAAUAGAAAGACAACCAAUCAUUAAAAAAUCAUUUAACUUGUAUUUUGGAAAAGAAUUGUCAGAAUCAAUCAUUCGAAAACAUCAACUAUUACCACCUUUUGCAACAAGACAAUUUUUAAUAUCACCUCCUCUUUCACCACCAGAGGAAUGGGAAACACCUGGAGAUGGACUCGAGGAGGGACCAGAAGAUGGUAUCGAAAAUCAUCCAUCUUCUUUUUCUGGAUUCGAUCCACAACAACUUAAUAGUCGAUUACAACUUGUUUAUCAAGACCAAACAAACAAUAACUUUCCAUCUAUUAGUGUUGAAUUCUGUACAUAA